UCAAUUCAAUUCUAAUUUUAAGAAAAAAUCAGAUUUUGAUUUCAAAUAAAGCUUAACUGUUAUACAUAUAGGAUAGAAUACAUCAACUUCUGGAAAAGCAUAUAUAGUUUAGAUAAAAUAAUAAAAAUAGCAAUUCAAACUCAAAUACUAAAAUGGUUAUAGAAAUAAAGUAUGUGUUUCUAACUAUUAUGGGUGUGGGACGCCGACCAAAAUCGCCAACGGAAAUAUAAGCUUUAGUAACGGAGCGUACAAUGCAGCUGCUCGAGUUGUUUGUGACCUAGGAUACCGCGUUUACCGAAACUUAACAAACGGACAAGUGAGAUGCAUGCCAAGCGGUUAUUGGGAGAGUGUACAAUGUGAAGCAAAUGUUGAAGUAGAGAAUCCUGUAUCAGUGAAUGUUCGACUCAGCGGAGGAGGUGACAACUGGGGACUUGUUGAAGUUUUCCAUGAUGGCGAAUGGGGAACAGUGUGCGAUGACUUUGCUGCUUUAAAUUUUGUCGAUGUGCUGUGCAGCCAACUUGGAAUGCAUAAUGGAGAAUUUUUGGCACGUAACGAAUUUCGGCAAGGUUCGGGGGCAAUAUGGCUUGACGACGUUCAGUGUACAGGUGUAGAGUUGACCAUCGAGAACUGUACACAUAAGCAAUGGGGUAAAAACGAUUGUGGCCAUUCUGAAGAUGUUGGAGUUGUAUGCAAUGUGAAAAACUGCGAUAGAUCACCGGAAAUCGAAAAUGGAAAACUCGUUACCGAAAGUUCAACGUCGCACGGCUCAAUGUCAAGAGUUGUAUGUAACCAAGGGUACCGUGUCUAUCAAAACUUAACAAAUGGAGGUGUAAGAUGUUUGCCAAAUGGUCAAUGGGAAUAUGUUAAAUGCGAAAUCAACGUUGCAGUUGAAAAUCGUACAGAUACAGGUGAUGUUCGACUUACUGGAGGAGGUCGCAACUGGGGACUGGUAGAAGUUUUCCAUCAGGGCGAGUGGGGAACAGUAUGCAGUCAAAACGUGGAUUUAAAUUUCGUCGAUAUUCUGUGUAGCCAACUCGGGAUGCAUAAUGGCAUAUUUUUGGCAAAUGACGAAUUCCAUAAAGGCAAGGGAAGAAUUUGGCUGGUGGACGUUCAGUGUACAGGUGUGGAGAUGUCUAUCUUUAACUGUACUCACAUGAGUUGGGGUUCACAUGGUUGCAGCCAUAGUGAGGAUGUGGGUGUUGCAUGUAAUACUAAAGAUUGUGGUUUGCCGCCGCUAAUUGAAAACGGAAAACCCGAUAUUUGGCGCUCUACAUACGGCUCUAAAGCUAGAGUUAUAUGUGACAAAGGUUUCCUCGUCUAUCAGGACUUUCAAUAUAUAAGAUGUCUUGCACAUGGUGAAUGGGAAAAAGUUCAAUGCGGAAUGAACGUUGCUGUAGAAGAAAGCUUAAAUAAAGUGCGACUCAUCGGAGGGAGUGAUUAUUGGGGUCGUGUGGAGGUGAAUCAUGAUGGCGAAUGGGGGACUGUCUGUGACGAUAAUGUAGAUUAUAAAUUUGCCGAUGUCCUCUGCGGUCAGCUCGGCAUGAGAAAUGGUGCCUUGUUAAAGUAUGGCGAGUUCGAACAAGGUACUGGUAAAAUCUGGCUGGACGAUGUUCAUUGCUCAGGCUCAGAAGUGACGAUCUUGCAUUGUUCGCAUGACAAUUGGGGUUCUCAUAACUGCGACCACAGCGAAGACGUUGGCGUUGUCUGCAACGCUACGAGUAUUGAUUGUAAAUUACCCCAUGCAAUACGUAAUGGAAGGCUACUUACCAAUGGAUCAACAACAUACGGUUCAAUAGCUCGAGUCAUUUGCAACCCUGGAUAUCGCGUCUAUCAGACAUUGACUAACGGGGGGGUUAGGUGCCUGCCACACGGUGGAUGGGAGAGUGUUGAAUGCGAAAAAAAUAACGCUACGAUUGAGAAUGCACUAACAGGUAACGUUCGACUUGCAGACGGAGGUUACAACUGGGGACGAGUAGAAGUUUUCCAUGAUGGCAUGUGGGGCACAGUUUGCAGUGAUAACAUUAACAAUAACUUUGUUGAUAUAUUGUGCAGUCAGCUUGGAAUGAGUACUGGUGAAAUUGUUACAUUGGGACGGUUUGAGAUUACAAAAAGCAGUGAUCAAGUCUGGCUCAACAGAGUCCAAUGUGAUGGUGCUGAAUUGUCCAUUGAAGAUUGUGUAAACGACGGAUGGGGCGAUCACAGCUGUUCACACAACGACGACUUUGGUGUCACAUGUAAUCCAAAAGGUGGUUAAACACAAUGCUUUGUUUAAGUCCCUGAUCGAUUUCACCGGAGAUGGCCUACUGUAGUAGUGGGAUGACUGUCCGUUUGUCGUGCUUGUGUGUCAGUUCUGCCUCAGAACUUGAUCAUGUAAUUUCUUAAAACAGAACUGGAGAUGCAUUCAUACGUAUUGCAUAAUGUGAGGAUUUAAAAAUGACACAUUUUCGCUAGAGACCAUAGGUCAGGACCCUGUUACUUUAAAUAAAACACAACCUUAAAUAGUAAUACUUCAAAAGGUCAAUAAAAUAUGAUCAUUAAAAGACAUAUACACAUUAAGCUAUAGGUGUUUCAUAUGUAUGUCUCUCAAUCAUACUAAAACAUGGACUGCGCAUACGUCUUUCUUCUAA